AUGACAAUGGCUGAUGUUUACGAAUCGCCGGCUAGAGAAGUGAGUUUUUUAGGCGGGAUUUCAAAAAAAAAAUAAAAAUUUGGUUGGCAGCGGGGGUCGAACUCGCGAUGCGCGCUUCAAAAAUUUUAGCGACGCUAACCGCCUGAGCUACGCGCACACGUGAGAGGAUAGGGUGCGAUGAUUAAGUCACUCAUUUUCCAGCUGAUUUCUGAAAUUUCCAGCUGAAAGUGCACACCUACAGUAAUCCCGCCCCCCUCAUUGCCUUAAAAAUAAAUCGAAUAACAAAUGUGUUUUCUGAGAAAACGAAGAAAACACACAAAAAAUCAGCGGUUUUCCCCACUGAUUAUUAGUUUUUGGUGAAAAUAGAAAAAAAAAUAAUAAUAUUUACAUCAUUUUCUAUUUGUUUUUGCAUUUGAUUUUGUGUUUUUUUUUGUUGAAUCACACGAUUUUGACGCUAAAUUUGAACUUUCGCCGUCCAAAAACACUUUUGGGAUUUACUUUUUGUUUCGUCGUCAUUUUUUCCCAAAAAGACCUCAUUUUUCACAAAGUUUGUGACACUUUUUGGUUCUAAAAUUGAAAUUUUCGAAAAUUUUAAAAAAAAAGUCGAUAAUUUUUCUGAUGUUUUUUUGAUUGCCACGUCAAUCUAAACUGGUAUCAUCAAAAUUUAGUGAAUGCAAAAUAUUUUGUGAUAUUUUUGAAACAGCGAAUUUUUAAAACUCAGUUUAUAGAGACUAUCAAAAUUUUCUCAACCUAAAAAUAUUAUAUGAAAAUUUUGAAACAGUGAAUUUUCUGUCAUUUUCUCUUUCUCUAAUCCAGGUAAAAUAUCAAUACAUUCAAAAAUGAGUAUUUUGUAACCUGAUUCCCCCUUGCCUGCCCAGCAGAAAAUCGAAAACAACAUUUUAUUUUGAUGUUGUUUGGAUAGGUGGGCUCUUUUUGCUCUUUUUGCUCUUCUUCAGUGAAAUGAAGCAUGAAAAAACACAUAUUUUUUGAAACAAACAACUGUUUCGUAGUAUUUUCAUGUUUGAAGUUUAGAAAAUUUCACUGUUUCAAAAUUUUCAUGAACAAAAUUUUGAUUUUGGAAUUUUAUUUUUUUUUCAUAUACCGUAUUAAGCCAGAAAUUUCCACUGUUUCAAAAAUUCCAGAAAUAAUUUUUCAUUUUUUGAAAAAAGUGGAUACCUUCCCUAAUUCACCUAUGAAAAAGUUCACUGUUUCAAAAUUUUCAUGAAUAAUUUUUUUUUGAAAACUCAACAUAAUUAUGAAAAAUAUUCAUCGCUUCAUAAUUAUCAAAUCCAAAAUCAAAAUUUUUGAAUUUGAAAUAAUUCACUGUUUCAAAAUUUUGACGAAUAAUUUUUUAGUUUUGGAAUUUUGAUCGUUGGAUAUUUUAUAAUUUUACAAAAUUCACUGUUUCAAACAUUUUCAUGAACAAAAUUUUGAUUUUGGAAUUUGAUAUUCUAGCCAACAAACUUCGAAAAAAAUUUAUAAUGCCCUAAUUUUUAGCUAGGAAAUUUCACUGUUUCAGAAAUUCCAGAAACAAUUUUUCAUUUUUUUAAAAAGUUGAUACCUUCCCUAAUUCACCUAUGAAAAAGUUCACUGUUUCAAAAUUUUGACUAAUAAUUUUUUGCUUCGGAGGAUUUUGAUACUUGUUCCACACACAAAUAAAUAAAUUACCCCAAUUUUAAUUUACAAUUAUUUAUUUUUGUUAGGCCAGAAAUUUUCACUGUUUCAAAAUUUUUCAUGAAUAAUUUUUUUUUUGAAAACUCAACAUAAUUAUGAAAAAUAUUCAUCGCUUCAUAAUUAUCAAAUCCAAAAUCAAAAUUUUUCAAUUUUAAAUAAUUCACUGUUUCAAAAUUUCCAAAAGUAUAAUUUGUUCAUUGAAAAUCUUCAAUAUACCGAAACUUUCUGCCAAUAAUCUAGAUUUGUAGCUAGAAAAAUUCACUGUUUCAAAAAUUCCAUAAAUAAUUUUUCCUUUUUUGAAAAAUUUGAUUAUUUUUUGAUUUAUCGUUGCAAGAAAUUCACUGUUUCAAAAUUUUCGUAAAAUAAAAAUUCGAAUAUUUUUCAUAAUGUUGUUGUUCCUCUCUCUUAUUUUAAUAAUUCGCCAUUUCAAAAUUUUUUUUCUAAAUUCUUGGCGAAAUUUCACUAAUUAACACAUGAUUCAGAAAAGAAAAAAAAACUUUUUAAUUUUCAAUUUCAAACCUGUUUCUCCUCCUCAACGGAAAAUUUCGUAACCUAUUACAACAAAAAAUGUAUUUACCGCGCGCUGACGCAGAGACGAAGAGACGCAGAGAAAAACACACAUUUUCAAAACGCCGUGAUAAGAAGACAGUUCUUCUCUCUUUUCAAAAUAAUUUCAAUUGUCCUAUUGAUUUUUUGAACCAAAAAGAAAUUUUUUUUCUGAAAUAGAAAAAAAAAUGGAGAAAAGUGAUGAGGUGAGUUUUUUCUGGUGCCUGAAACCUGUUUUGCUCCCCGUUUUCAUUAUUUGCUCACUGUUCUCUGCGUCUCUCUAAAUUCUAUACUCUCUCUUUCGAUUCUCGAUUUUCGAGUUAGUGCAAUUUUCCUGUAUUUUAUUUUAUUUUAUUGAUUUUUUGUGAAGCGUGAACUAUUAUUUUUUUUUUUGAAAAAUCCAAAAAAAAAUAACUGAAAAAAAUAUUUUUUGAACAUUUCUGAUAGGAAAUGUAUUAGGAAUUGGUGGGUUUUUUGGGGAAAAAAAUUGAAAAAAAAAUUUUUUUGGAGGGAAAAGCUGACUCAUUGUUUUAUUUGUUCAAAGAGUGAUGUUUUCGAACUCCUCAAAAAUUUCUGAAAGAAAAUGUUUCUGAUUUAUCAUUUGGCGAAUUUUGAGUCAUUUUUGACUGUUUCAAAAGUUUUAAAAAUUUUGGAGAAAUUCAUCAAUUUUCCCAAUUUCUAAAAAUUUUAUUAGAAAAUUUUGAAACAGUGAAUUUUUUUUCUCUAAAAAUCUGAAAUUAAUUUAAUUUUCAGAAAAUUUGUUCAGAACCAAUUUUUUUGGUGGAAAAAUAAUUCACUGUUUCAGAAUUUUCAUAUGAAAUUUCGGGUUUCUAGACAACUUUGAUUAAUCUACGUAGUAAGAUUUUGAAAAAAUUUUUAAUAUAAGGGGUUUCUAGGCCACCAAACCUCGGCCAUGAUGAUUUUCCGGGUUUCUAGGCCACCAAAACUCGAUUUUUAGGGUUUCUAGGCCACGAAAACUCGGCCAGGAUGAUUUUCCGGGUUUCUAAGCCACGAAAACUCGGCCAGUAUGAUUUUUCGGGUUUCUAGGCCAUCAAAACUCGGCCAUGAUGAUUUUGCGGGUUUCUAGGCCAUUUAAACUGAAUUUUUUGGAUUUCUAGGCCGCCAAAACUCGGCCAUAUCGGUUUUUUUGACUAAUUUUAAUCUGGAUUUCCUUCCCAAACACACAAAAAAAUCCCUGAAUAUCCUAGUUAAACACACACACACACAAAACCGUAUAUUUUGUCGUCACAAAAUAAAUAAACAAAAAAAAACACACACAUUUCCGGAUGGUCUCUAUUAUUUCGUCACAUGCGGCGUUCAAAUAGUGUGUUUUUUUGUGUUGUCCGCGCGGCGCCGCGCGGAAAAUUCUUUAUUUGAUCAAAAAUCCCCCAAAGCCGCCCAUUUUCGGCCAUUUGUGUUAGUUGAUUUUGCCGCCUGAAAAUGCUGAAUUUGUACGAGGUAUGUUGGAACUUUUUAGAAAAUUUAGCCAUGGGGAACUCAAAAAAUAUCAGGUUACACAAAGGGCGAAAGUACGUUUUACGUUUUUUUUGUGUCUGUUACCUGAUGACUAAGAAUCCACGUCAUAGGCCUAGUUUAUGUUGUUUCUAUGGAAACCUUUCUCCCCUCUCCUCCCCUUUUCAUAAAAAAAAUUGAUUUUUUUGCUCAUUUUUUUUAUAAUAGAGCCCCAGGAGCUCGCAGCUUUUGCUCGAAAAUUGAGCAAAAUACUGUGUAUUCUGAGGAGUAUAUGAAAAGUUUCAAUUUGAUUGACGUGAGUUAGCGGCGGGGACGAGUUUUGGUGGCCUAGAAAUCCAAAAUCCCCUCUGGCCGAGUUUUGGUGGCCUAGAAAUGCAAUAGUGAUUUUUAUGAACAUUUUGAACCUGAAAAUGGUACGGAAAAAUUUGUCUUGAAAAUCGCGUGGCCGAGUUUUGGUGGCCUAUAAAUCCAAAAUUUGCAUUCUGAUGGCCUAGAAACCCCACGGUCGAGUUUUCAUGGCCUAGAAAUCCAAAUUUCGACCUCUUCGUCAUCAAAAAUCUAAGCCUAAGCCCUGAAAAUCCUCUUUUCUCCCCGAUUUUUGAUGAAAAAACAGACAAUUAAUAUUGAUCGGAUAAUCCUGCCUGCCCACAAUUUUUUCGAUUAAAAAUUGGCCAAAAAAGUAGAUUCCGAUGUUCCAAAUAUUUGUUCAGCUUUCGAUUUUUUUUCUCAGUUGUACUAAUUUGAUUAGACAAAUCUCCCCGGAGGCUAAAAUGAUAAGAAAAUCGAGAUUUUUCGGUCAUUUUUCCCCAAAAACCACAAUUUUUUGUUUCAGGAUUCGCCGAUGCGAUUACAAGGAAGUUCAGCGAGCUCAGCGUCAGUUGCGUCACGACUUUACGGAACGCGUUCGCGUCGCGACAGUUUGGGCGGCAGUUCGAGCGAGUCGGAUUUGAUUGCGUUCAGCGGCGAUUCGGACACGAUUAACGAGUUUAGCAGCCAGGUUGGUUAACAUGAGCAAUGUACUUAUUUUCUAUUCUGAAAAUAAUGCAAAAUUGUAUGGAAUCUAUAGACUUCCAAGCAAAAAAACAUGAAAUAUUUUUGGAAUUUUUUGAAACAGUAGAUUUUUUUUAGAAAAAAUCUAGCAAUUAAAUUUUUGCACUAAAAUUAUAUGGGUUACAAAAAAUCCAGCAAAUUCAAUGAAAUCAUGAAAUAUUUUUCAAAUUUUUGAAACAGUAGAUUUUUUUGAAAAUUUUUUUUCAAAGUUUAAUUUGACAAGUUUUUCAAAGGAAAAUUUGUGAUGUAGCGCUAAAAUUAGUUAACAUGAGCAAUGUAUUUUCUAUUCUGAAAAUAAUGCAAAAUUGUAUGGCAGUCACAACUGCCCAAGUAAAUUAGAAAAAACCAGGAAAUAUUUUCAAAAUUUUUGAAACAGUAGAUUUUUUUUGACAUUGGAAAAAUUCAGAAUUAGUAUAAUAUUUGUUUAAUAUGAGCAAAUUUUGUGCUGGAAUUUCAGCUUGGCUGAUUUUUGGCGCUAAAAAUACGUUUUAAAAUAACUGAAACUAUUUCAUGCAUCUCGCCCAGCAAAUUUUGAAAAUUCUAGAAAAAAGUUAUGAAUAUUUUGAAACAGUGAAUUUUUUAAUCAGGAAAAUUAACAGAAUUCCAUAUAAUAUGAGCAAUAGAUUUCUCGAACCCUGGCUGAAAAUGGUUUCAAAGAUGAACAAUUUAUCAAAUUUUGAAUAAUCAUCAAAAAUUUGAUAGAUUUUUUGAAACAGUAAAUUUUUUUUUGAAAAUCUGAAAUUAAUUUAAUUUUCAGAUAUUUUUUUUUGUUUAGAACCAUUUUUUUGGUAGAAAAAUAAUUCACUGUUUCAAAAUUUUCAUAUGAAAUUUGCAUUUUUUUUUAGAAUUACUAGUCAGUCAGUUUUGAAAUUGAUGUAUUAAUUUCACUGUUUCAGAAAAUAUUAUUGAUUUCAAAAUGAGCAAUGUUACUGUAAUUUCUAAAUAAACAUUGGAUCAAACCUCACCCAAGAACCUGGAGUAGUGCGUGAAAAAAUGCCCAGCUGGUUUUUUUUUCAAAAUUGCCCACCUAGCGCUCGCCAUGGCGAGCUUUUUCAAAAAAAAAAUUCGUUUUUUUUCAGUAAAAAUAGCAAAAGCUUCCUCAAAUCCCUCUCCCUCUAUGUCCCAUCCUAAUUUCCCUCGCGCCCCGGGUGGGACUCGAACCCACACCCUCCACGCCACGUGCGUUCAAGAGACGCACGUGUUCACCACUAGACCACCGCCCCUGUUGAGAACGAGGAGGCGAAUUUCCAAGACAACAAACACUUCUGUGCCACCUACUUUUCUUUUUAUUUCACAUUGUGAAAAAAAACUGAAUUUCAUUUUCAGCUUUUUCAGUAUUUAGAGUGAAUAUUUGCGUGUGGAAUUAACUAAGUAGCUUCCUAAGCCUAGUUCCCAGCUACAAAUAACAAUGGCCAGCUACUUUUUUGUUUAUAGGCCGAGAAAACCGAUGACCUGAUUUCUCUUAUAACGUUAGAGCAUUUUGGGUGAUUUCACACUUCAAACUUUUUGAGCUUUCGGAGUGAUUUUGAGCAAAAAGUUUGUUUUGGGACUAACAUUAUUUUUGCUUGUAGAUUCAUUUGAGCUUUUCAAAAUUUCUGAAAAAAUGAAUUUGACAUGAGUUAUCGAAAAUGGCCAGUAUUUUACUCCAGGUGAUAGGUUUGGAAAAAAUUGAAAAAGUUUGCAGGUGGGAGAAAAGUGAAACUAGCUGGGAAUCGACUUACUUUUUAAUAUUAAGAAACAAAACAUCAAACUUUUCCUAGGAAAAAAGUCAGAAAACCUGAAAAACUGAAUUUUUCGUAUUUUUUAGAUGUUUCCAGCUGGCCACCGGGAAAAUAAUAGUUGAAAUGAAUCUAAUUUCUGAAAAUUUUCAAAGAACAUCGUUGGAAGUAACAUUUUCUAACCAACAAGAGGAAAUUAUAGAAUUCAGUGAAAUUUUUUCGACGAAAAAUUCGAAAAAAACCUUCGAAAUUUUUAAAAAUUUUACCCACCUACAAAAAUUUUUUUCAGUUGCCCACCUGGGAUUCCAGGUAUUGGGUGAGGUUUGCAUUGGAUUUUGUGCAAAAUUUUCAGCUGGGUUUUGGCUCGAAAAAUACGUUUUAAAAUAAUUGAAGUCUUUAUCUCCCGUUGAGCGAAUUACGAAAAUACUUGAAAAAAAGUUAUGAACAUUUCGAAACAGUGAAUUUUUUUAUCAAGAAAAUUAACAAAAUUCCAUAUAAUAUGAGCAAUAGAUUUCUCAAAUCCUGGCUGAAAAUUGAUUUAAAAUUAAACCUAUCAUCAAAUUUUCAAUAAUAAUCAAAAUUGUUUAGAUUUUUUGAAACAGUAAUUUUUUUUUAAAUUAAAAAUGUGUUUUUUUUCGUUCUUGAUUUCACUAAAAGUACAAUAAUGAAAAUAACAAAAUUUUGAAAAAAAAUUGUUUCUUAUGAAAAGAUUGAAACAGUAAAUUUUGCAGAUGAAUCAAUUCUCCACCUUCACAAAACGGCUCUCCGAAUUGGAAGAGCGCAACCUGUCAAUGGCUGAUGAACGUUCAAGAAUCAAGACUGAAAAUGCAAUUCUAAAAGAUCGAAUACAUGUGCUCGAAGAGCAAAUAUCUGAAAAAGAAGACAGAUAUAAAGAUUUAUUGAAUGAUGAAAAAAGUCGAGGAAGUGAUUUGAUGACUAGAUUAAAAAGAGAAAAAGAAUUGGAAGCGGAAUCGUGGAAUUUGAAAUAUCAAAUGUUGGAAAAAGAUGUGCAAAAUGCGAAAAAAGAUGUUGAGCGAGCAAAUGAAGAAUCGAAACGGCUUAAAAAUGAGCUGGAAAAAACGCUGAAUAAAUUGGAAGAUAGUCAAAUGCUUAUCGAAGGAAUGGAAGAGGAACGGAUUGUUCUCGAACGACAAUUCAAAAAAUAUAAAGAGGAAGCUCAACAGGACAUUGAUUCGUCUAGUGAGAUGGUUGAAGUGUUGGCACAACAGACUGAGGAACUUCGGAAGAAGGUUGGUGGACCUGGAGCCAGAAGUGGAAGCGUUGUUGAGCAGAUGAGUGAUAUGGAGGAGGAGAUGGCUGCGUUGCGGCAGAAAGUGGAUGAGUUGAUGAGGGAGAAGGAGGAGAUGAAUGAUCAGUUGUUGGCGACUAGUGUUGAGCAUGGAAGGUGAGCUUUUGGGCCUACAGGAAACUUUUUUGGCUUUCCGGAAAGUUCUUAGGCCUUCCGGAAACCUUUUAGGCCUUCCAGAAACCUCUUAGGCUUUCCAGAAACCUUUUCGGCUUCCUGGAAACCUAUUAGGCUUUCCUGAAACCUUUUAGGCUUUUCGGAAACUUUUUAGCCUAUUCGGAAAUCUGUUAGGCCUUUCGGAAACAUUUUAGGCUUUCCGAAAAGCCUGAAGUGGCCUUUAGGCUUUCCGGUUUUCAAACAAAAAUAAUUCAAUUUUUUAUCAAUCGUAAACGGAAGACAAUCAAAAAAUGUACUGAAAACAAAUUUUGUGAAAAUUUUGAAACAGUGAAUUUUUCCUGCAGUGAAAAAUUUGUGGUUAGGGCUUUUUUUGGGCUCUUGAGCUAGAUUUCAGGAAAUGUAUGCUGAAAAAUCUUCGCAAUAUUUUUUUCAUUUUUUUUCCACAAUUUUGAAACAGUGAAUUUUUUAAGGUUGAAAGAAUAUCAAAAUCUAACAUUUUUCAACCAAAAAAUGCACUGUUUCAAAACUUUUUCAUGAAAAAUUCAAAUUAUUCUCAAAUAUUGCUAAUUCUACAUAUCUUUUUUCAGUCAAAAAAAUUUUACUGUUUCAAAAAAUCGACAAAAAAUAAAAUAUUAGUUUCAAAUUAAUUCCUUACCCGAAUCAUAAUGUCCAACCUAAAACUUUCACUGUUUCAAAAAAUUAUUAUGAAAUAAUCCUAGUUUUAUCAGAGUUAAUUCGAUAAACAUUCUUCUUCUUCUAUUAAAAAAAACCUAAAAUUAAUUUCAGGUCAAUAUAAUUUUCAAAAUUUGAUAAAAUUAUCAUAUUUACACUUUUCCCCAGGUCCUAAAAUCAUAAAAUAUUUUUUCUGAAAAUUUCACUGUUUCAAAAAAUAGAUAAUCAAAAUUCGGGCGUUAUCAAUACAUUAUUAUUUGAUUUAGAAAACUAUCAUAUUUGCAUUCAAAAUGCUCCAUUUUUCAUGAGCAAUUCAAUAAUCCCAAAUUUAAUUUAAUUUCAGAUCUCUUCUCGCCGAUGCUCCAUCUUUGGCCGACGAAUUGGCCGGCGGUGAUAGCGGCCAAUUGUUGGAUGCUCUUCGCGAGCAAGAAAUUUGCAAUCAAAAAUUGCGCGUGUACAUUAAUGGCAUUUUGAUGCGUGUCAUCGAACGACAUCCCGAAAUAUUGGAAAUCGCUGAAGAGGGGGUGAGUUUUGAUGGUUUUUAAAGCAAAAAAUUUUUAUGGAGAUUUAUAGAAAAUCGCUGUAUUGAAAGAAUAACAUUUUCGAAAAAAUAAGUGUGAAUUUUGAAACAGUGGAACAUUUUUUGGAGAAAAAUUAUUGAAAAUUCAUAAUUAUCAAUAGAGCGCACUUACUCAAAUUUCUAUUUUUAGCUUAAAAUUGCCACGUGGAAAAAAUUUUAUGGUGAUCAAUCAAAGGUGCAUAAUAAAAGAAUAACAUUUUCAAAAAAAAAUAUAUGUGAAUUUUGAAACAGUGAAAAUUUUUUUGGAGAAAAUUUUUUAAAAAUUCAUAAUUAUCAAUAGAGCGCACUUGCUCAUUUUAGCUUAAAAUUGCCACGUGGAAUUUUACCCUCAAAUAUCCACAAAAAAAAUUAAAUUUUCGAAAAUUUAUUAAAAAUUCGUAAUUAUCAAUAGAGCGCACUUGCUCAAAUUAUUGAUUUUUCAUCCAAAAAUUGCCACGUGGAAUUUUACCCUCAAAUAUCCACAAAAAAAAAUACAUUUUUGAAAAAUGUUAAAAAUUCAUAAUUAUAAAUAGAGCGCACUUGCUCAAAUUUCUUCAUUUUUCAUAAUUUUCAAGCCGAAAAUCGAUAAUUUUUGCAGGAAUCCAGUGGAAGUUGA